UUAUUAUUAGUAGUAUCAUCAUCAUUUAUUUUUAUUUUACACUGUCCACGUCAUCGGUCAUAGCCUGGUGUUUGGUGGAGGUGGAGAGCAGCUCGUUGAUGAUUUAUCCAGAUAUGACAUGAAUGUCAGUCGGUCAAGGUCCACUCAGCUCCGCCGGUGCCACAGCUGGAUCCUUAGCCUCGAAGCGUUUGGAUGAUUUUUUUUUGUCUUUAUUUACUCGAGUGAAGGACGACGAGGCGUCGAGAUUUGUUUGUGUGUGAGCAGCAGCAGCAGCAGCAGCAGCGUGGAGUCGAGUCUCACCGUGGGCAUGACACGCUGCAGUAAAGAUUGAGAGAGACGAACUGGGAAUGUUACCGAUCAGAAAACGCCGAUGAUGUGAUUGCGACACUUGGACGUCGGAAAAUGCUCCACAGUCAUGAUCGCCGCGCGCCGAGGAAAUCUUUAAUAUCGCUGAUAUAACACCUGACGUUUACCCAGAGAAGCACUGAUAACAGGACGCCACCAUGUCGGCGGUGAUGAUUACGCGCAAGGUGCGUAAAUGGGAGAAGCUCCCGGGCAAGAACACGUUCUGCUGCGACGGCCGGGUGAUGAUGGCCCGGCAGAAAGGAGUCUUCUACCUGACCCUCUUCCUCAUCGUGGGGACCUGCUCGCUCUUCUUUGCCUUUGAAUGUCCGUACCUGGCCGUGCAUCUGUCUCCCACAAUCCCAGUCUUCGCUGUCCUGCUCUUCCUUUUCGUCAUCGCCAUGUUGCUGAGGACGAGCUUCAGUGACCCCGGGGUGCUGCCCCGUGCGCUGCCAGAGGAGGCCUCGUUCAUCGAGAUGGAAAUCGAGGCCGCCAAUGGGAACGUCCCCGCAGGCCAGCGGCCGCCGCCGCGAAUCCGCAACGUUCAGAUCAACAACCAGAUCGUGAAGCUCAAAUACUGCUACACCUGCAAGAUCUUCAGACCGCCGCGAGCGUCUCACUGCAGCAUCUGUGACAACUGUGUCGACCGUUUUGAUCACCACUGUCCGUGGGUCGGCAACUGUGUGGGCAAGAGAAACUACCGCUACUUCUACCUGUUCACCAUGUCCCUCUCCCUGCUCACCAUUUACAUCUUCACCUUCGACAUUGUCCACGUGGUCAUGCGUUCAGUGGACAAUGGCUUCUUGAACACUUUGAAAGAAACACCUGGAAGUGUGCUGGAGGUGUUGGUGUGUUUCUUCACCCUGUGGUCAGUGGUGGGACUGACCGGCUUCCACACCUACCUGAUCUCUCUCAACCAGACCACCAAUGAGGACAUUAAAGGAUCCUGGUCUGGAAAGAACAGAGUCCAGAAUCCAUACAGCCACAAGAACAUCAUGAAAAACUGCUGCGAGGUUCUGUGUGGGCCCGCCUACCCGAGUGUGCUGGACAGAAGAGGACUGAUGCACGAGGAUUCGUCUGCUUCUGCCACAUCUGCUGCGCCGCCCGGCAACAGCAUGAGCAGCAGCAACAGCAUGAGCAGCAGCACAGCGCCAACAACCAUGCAUGCUGUCCUCUGCCUACAGAAAACCACGGCUCCACCCAUCCCCAACGAGCACACGCCGGAAGACGUCAAGCCAAGCAUCGCCGCCUCGGAGCAGAAGAGCCCCUCCCCCAAAGAGCAGCGCCCUCCCACCCCUAAGAUCCCGCCGCUGGCUUCACCGGAGACGGAUGCGGAUGCGACCAUCACCAAGGACAAGACCCAUUAGCUGCAUGAGGGGACGGCCUUAAUCAGCCACUCCCCCUCCCUUUGCAGCACCUUCCCUGAUCAGGAACUGGAACAUUAAUAAUCGAUGUCUGAUGAUUACUGUGCAGGUGACCUCGCUCCUCCUCCGACCUUUGUCCCACAUUCAGAUCCGAGGAGCAGAGUUUGUGCUGCCGCAGCUCGUCCUCCUCCCUCCUUCUCCUCAGCAGGAGCUGCAGGAGUGUGUGACUGACACAAACUCCCGCUGGAAGAGGAGGAGGAGGAGGAGUAGGAGUGAUGUAGUGGAACACUAGCAGCUUCCUCCAACUCCUGAAUACUGCAUGGAAAAGACAGGCAGCCUGUGGGAAAACUGCAAUGUAAACAGAAAAACAACAACAACAACAACAAAACUCUUUAAUGGGUUGUUAUGAUCGUCACUACGACUUUUCCUUAUUUAAAGUUGCAUAAUGACAUUUAUUGUGAGAAGCCAGUUCAAAUAUAUUCCUUUACAAGUGUCUGGCAAAGACAGCGACAGAGUCGUACUUGUGGACUUGUGUAUAAACCUCCAAACAUACGGUCAGUUUUUGUUGUGUGCACAUUACAUACUCUACAUGCCCCUAUGCAAGCCAUGAGAAGGUGUGUGUGUGUGUGUGUGUGUGUGUGUGUGUGGACACGUGUGAUGUCCAGGCAGGGGGAGGGAGGACAUGUAAAGUCUGAGAACUGACUGAGAAAAUCACUAACGGCUCCUUCCAGGCAAAUCAAAAAAAUUGACCUUUUUUUCUGAUUAAUGCUGCAUUCAGUACUGUUCUUACCUUUUUUCUAACACAGUUUGAUCCAGACUUGUCCUUCCAUUUUUUUUUUUUAUAUAAGAGAGGAUGUUGCGGGACGCCAUGAGACAAGGAGGUGGAGCUGGGGUGAAAGUGAGACCUGACGUCCCGAUGACCCCCGAGACACUCGUAGUAACAGUGCCUUAUCGUAGGUCGUUUAACAGCGACACCGUCUACAGUGUUAAGUAAAAAAACAACAACACUCCAUUGACUUGCCCGUAGAGUAGUGAAAAUGUCACGAGAAGAUUUGUGUCGCAUGCCUGUGUCAUGAGCAUGAAGCUACGCGUGCGACGUGGCGAGCGUUUGCUUAGCGUUCACACUGAAGACGGUGUGUGGUUUUUACAACGCCAGCUCUUUCUCUACUUCCUGUCAUUUCUACACGUCAGUAUUUACAACAAAUUUAAACGAGCAUUUAAUGAAACUGCGUUCACCUAUGAGAGGAGAGUAAGGGCAUAUGAUUGCACACGUUUCAGGCGACAUCGGCACACCUUUUGUUUUCUCUUCAAAUCUUAAGUGAUUGUUAAUUAUUCUGCCUGUGAGCUCGAGUGCCUCCUCCUGCAAAUCACAUCAGAGCUGAUUCCCCCCCGAGUCUUCUCUUCUCUUCUCUCUCUCUCCGUCUCUUCCUGCCGUCCUCUGCCUUUUCACAGCCAACCCGUCUUCUCCUCCUGUCCCUCAUAUGUGUGCAGUGAGGACGUCGCACACGCCUGUGUGUCUUUAGUGUCUUUAGUGUCUUUAGUUCGCAGAGGUCGCUGCAGCCGCUCACGGGAGAGAAAGUGAAGCAGAUUCUUAGUAUUUAGAGUUUGUCCUAGUGAUUGUGUCAUUAUGCAAGAAGACAGAUUUAGUGUUUUGUGAAAUAUACCUGUGUAGAAAUUCUAGUUUGUCAACAGCAUCGUGUCAGAGGCCUAAAAAAAUCUGCCCCCGGGACUCAGAAUUCCUCCUUAAUCCCCUUAAAGAAUUGACUUAAAGAUAAAAGAAAAUUUGCUGGGACUGUAUGAUUAUUUUUACUGGAGCAGUUUAAUGCUCGUGACUGAUCAGAGAUACUAAAUAGUAAAAUAUAAACGUGUGACAUCAUUUUAUCACUGAAAUACCUGCACUAAGUCGAUUGUAUUGAAACAUUGACAUUUAGCUGAUUGAGUCAAGCCUAAAAAAAAAAAAAAACCCUAAAUAUUCUAAAGAAAAUUCACAUUUUUAAAGCUUGAAAUCAUUUUUUUCCCCUCAAACUAAACAAAUGAAUGAUUGCUGUCAGUUUUCCUCUUUUUUUCCUCUUGUUUGAUCAGCACCUUUUUUCCAGCGUUCACUGUUGAAGGAGGAGGAGGAGGAGGAUGAUGACACGUCUGUUGGAAGAUGCUGUAAAGUGUGUGGCAGUAUUGUUUUCUGUGAAGUGAAGAACGUGUAUUUAACUGAGAUAUUUGUUGGGAACGCGGAUCGACGAUGUUCGGCUGUAACGAGAAGUACUUAACCGAGAUUAGUUUUAGUGACGUUUUCUUUGUGGAAAGUUGUUUGAAGGCGGUUUUGCGAUGUGUCCGAUCAAGAAUGUAUGUGAUCCAUAAAUGAAGGGAACCGAUUUUUAAAGGGACAGUUGACGUGUGUGUGUGUGAUUCCUGUGUCGAAUGCUCUGUUCAAUCUAUUACAUUGCAUCAUGUAUACAUAUACAGUACUAUACCAUUGAUGAAGCUCUUAUUUAUGUUCACUUUUAGUAUCAACACUGUGAUUAUAUGUAUUUAAUUUGAUUUACUUCACUGCUUUUUACAUGAUCAAUGUGGCAAAUAAACACUAUUGUCUUAUUA